CGAUAGAAGAAGAGAAAAAGAUAAGCUCCGCCUACUUGUUUGCUAGCUUAGUGUGCAGGGCAACGAAUUGGCUGCUUAUCGUCGUUCGCCUAACGUUCCCGUUUAUUUAUUUCGUUUUUUGGGGGGGCUCCCGAAGCUUCCGGCAUGGCGUACCAGUUGUACAGGAACACCACCCUGGGAAACAGCCUACAGGAGAGCCUGGACGAGCUCAUCCAGACCCAGCAGAUAACCCCCCAGCUGGCCCUGCAGGUCCUGCUCCAGUUUGACAAAGCCAUCAACACAGCGCUGGCCAACAGAGUCCGCAACAGAGUCAACUUCAAGGGUUCUUUGAACACGUAUCGCUUCUGUGACAACGUCUGGACGUUUGUUCUGAACGACGUGGAGUUCAGAGAGGUCACCGAUCUCGUCAAGGUGGACAAGGUCAAGAUCGUGGCGUGCGACGGCAAGAAUUCCGGCUCCAAUGCCGCCGAGUGACCACGCCCACCGCCGGGAAAUGUACAUAUGAGUAUAAUUUAUUCACGCGCCGCUGCAGCGUGUGCAUGCGAGUGCAUGUGAGUGCACGUCAGCAUGCAGCAGUUUUUUUAUUGUUUUUUGUUUUACGUUUGUGUUUAUUUUGCUAAAACUUAAAUAAAAAUU